GAGAACAUCUGGCCAGGUGAUGUUACUUCCACUUUCUGUGGUACGCCGAAUUACAUCGCUCCUGAGAUUCUACGUGGUGAAGACUAUGGCUUCAGCGUUGACUGGUGGGCUCUGGGUGUGCUCAUGUACGAGAUGAUGGCUGGUCGUUCGCCAUUUGACAUAGUUGGCGCCGCGGGCGAUCCUGAUCAGAACACUGAAGAUUAUCUUUUCCAGAUUAUUCUCGAGAAGCAAAUAAGAAUUCCUCGAAGUUUAUCCGUGAAGGCCGCUUCAGUUUUAAAGCAAUUUCUAAAUAAGGUCAGUUUUGAGGCUCUAGGUGCUAUCAAGAGUUAUUUGAUCGAACAUCCUCUGAGUCUCGGACCGUUUUUCAGUAUUAUGAUGCAUGAGAAGCUCCGCUUUGAUUUCAGGACCCAGCAGAACGACUUGGUUGUCGGGUGGACAUAA